AUGGUUCGCAUCACCUUCGCUGCUGCUCUGGCUUUCGCCGUCUCCGUCAUGGCCCUUACUCCCAACGCUGCCGGUGCCAAGGAUGUCGGUAACGGCAAAGGCCAGCAGUUCACCACUGGCGGAUGCGUCGCGGAUGCCGACUGCCGAAGCGCCUGCUGCGCUGAGAUCGGCGGGGCUGGUCUCGGCAUAUGCUCUGCCGUAGGGGCUCAACGCCAGAAUGGCAAGCUCGGAUGUGGUUUCGUUGAUCCCAACGCUGCUCAAAACAUCGCGGCUGCCAACGCCCAGGUUAAGAAGCAAGGUUUCUAG